GCAAAAUUUUAUAAACACCACUCCGUCUCAGACUCGGAAAGAAGAUAGAAAAACCUAACCCUCAAUUGUCAGUUCUGUCGAUCUCUCGGGAAAGACGAAUAAGAUUUUGUCUCCGAUCAAGGGUUUUUGAGAAAAUGCCACCCCUAAUUUAUCGUCAAGCAGAUUUCGAAAUACAUAGAGACUUCAGAGAUGAGUAUGAAGACGACGAUUUGGGGGAUGGCAACAUAUUUCCAAAUCAAACACCAUAUGCCCCCCAUGAAAUGGUUGAUGAUGGACCAGCGCCGCCUAUUAUUGUUGUAGUUCAAGGACCUCCCAAUGUUGGGAAAUCUUUGCUGAUUAAAUCUCUAGUCAAGUAUUUUAAUAAUUCGGUACAGUUGAAUGAUCUCCAAGGCCCCAACACUAUCAGAAUAGAUGGGACAAGUAGGAUACAGUUUGUCGAAUGCGCUGAUGAUAUUAAUGCCAUGCUUGAUGCUUCAAAAUAUGCCGAUCUAGUAUUGCUACUGGUUGAUGCAAGCUUUGAGUUCGAAGCGGAAACAUUUGAGUUUCUUAACAUUUUACAAGCGCACGGCCUUCCAAAGAUUAUGGGUGUUUUUACACAUCUUGACAAGUUCAAUGAUGAGAAUAAACUCAAGGAAACCAAAGAGCGUCUCCAGGAUCAUUUCAGGACUGAAAUAUGUCAAGGGGCAAGAAUAUACAAUUUAACUGGUCUUGAUCAUGGAUUGUACAAAAUGCUGGAAUUACAAAAACUAGUACAAGACAUAAAGAUGAUUGAAUUCCCUACCUUGUCAUGGCGAGUGGCACGUCCUUAUGUGCUGGUAGAUCGUUUUGAAGAUGUCACUCCUCUAGAAGAAAUGCAGAAGGAUGCAAAUUGCAAGAGAAACAUAAGUCUGUAUGGUUAUCUUCGAGGUGGUAAUAUUAACAGUGGAGCUAAGGUACAUAUUGCUGGUGCUGGUGACUUUCAUUUAGCUAGUGUUACAAUCUCAGCUGAUCCCUGUCCUUUAUCUAUUGAAAUGAAAGAAGGAAAUGAUCCUGUUGAUCCGACCCAGAUGGAGAUUGAAAGUUUUAGAACAGGGACAUAUCUAAGGUUGGAGGUUUGUGACAUUCCUUCUGGGAUGGUUAAGAAUUUUAAUCCUUGUCAUCCGAUUCUUGUUGGAGGUAUCAGUCUUGAAGAGGAAAAUGUUGGUUAUAUGCAGGCGAGGCUUAAGCGACAUGAGUGGCACAGGAAACUGUUGAAGUCAAGAGAUCCAAUCACUGUGUCAGCUGGUUGGAGACGUUACCAGAUAAAACCUAUUUAUGCCAUGGAAACUGGUGUUAUACGGCUUCUGAAGUUCACUCCUGAACAUAAUCACUGUGUUGCUAUGUUUUGGGGCCCUCUUGCACCUCCCCUUACCAGAAUUGUUGUUGUGCAGAGUAAUAAGGAGAUGUUUCGGGUAGCAGCAAAGGCUGUCAUUCUUGACUCUAAGCCUGCCAUGAAGAUAAUGAAGAAAAUCAAGCAGAAAGGAACUCCCCUUAAACUCUUAAGUAGCAGGACUGCUCUUAUUGAUUUUACACCAGCUACUGAAGUUUCUAAGUACAAAGGUCGACCUAUUCAAACUGCGAGUGGGAUUCGGGGAAAGGUUAAGAAGGCCUCAAAAAGAGAGGGGAUUGCCAAAUGUGCAUUCAAGUACAGAAUUGGUAUGGGUGAUAUUGUUUUCAUGCGUGUGUUGCGUCAAGUUGAGGCUCCUCGCUUCUUCAACCUGUUAUCAACUGCGGUGGAACCAUGUGAUUCUAUUGUUCCUGUUAACAAGGAUUCACUCGAAAAGGAUGACCCUUCUCAGAGGCAGGUUGAACUUGAACAACGUCGUGGUGUUGACAUUAUUGAUGGGGAGCCUCUCUCGUAUUCAUGUUCAAGUCCUCUAAUACUCCUCUACAAUAUUAAGAAUAUGAAUGGAAAUAAGAGGAAAAUCAAGGAGGAGAAAAAUGCAGUGAUAUCCGAGGAAGAGCAGAAAGCAUAUGAAGCAAAAAUGUCCAGAAGACACCAAGUGGAGUUCGAGAUACCAUUUAAGAACGGUCUUCCUAUGAUGCUCUUACAGGAGUGAAGGAUGCCAAUGAGAUAGUGGGGUAUGUUCCUAAGAUGAAAAACUAACUGAUAUAUGGAUCAUAAAAUAUGAUAUAGUUGUUCAUAAGUUUUUGAAGUUUUAAAUGGCUAGGAUUGUGGAAUUUGUUGUGAAUUGUCUGUCUAGUUGAGUUGUAGACAUGAUUUGAGAUGAGAGGUAUUAAUGUUGUAUGAAUUUAUGACAGGAAUGGAUUGGUUCAUUUGGUUGCCUUAACUAUUAUAUGCAAUUUGGAUUGUGCUGACUAAGGCCA